AUGUCAUUUAGAAUUACUAAAUAUGAAAAUGGACAAAGAUUAGCUAUACAAAACUCACUCAGAAAUCAAAGAAGACAAAAACUACUUCAAAAAUUAAGAAAUGAAAAUGAAUUGAAAGAAUUAAGUAUUAAUGAUAAAUAUUUUAUAAGAAAAGGAAUCAAUAUGAUUCUUAAUAAUGAUUCUACAGGUAUUGAUUUUAUUUAUCAAAUCCUUUAUGACAAAGAAGUAAAAAUUGAGCAAAAUCUUGUUAAUUCUAUGAUUCAAUGUUUUGUUCCUUUAUUCCAACAAAACACUACCAACCUAAUAAUAAUUUUAAAAAUUAUUCAUCAAAUUUCUCUUGGAAUUACUUAUCAAUCUGUAGAAAUAUUCAAACAAACUGGAGUUGUAUCAUUUUUAAUAUCUAAUAUAAUCAAUCAAUUAUCAUCAUCUAAUAUCACUAUUUUUAUUGAAUCAUUACAUAUAUUAGCAUUAUUAUUUCAAGCUCAAAUAGAAUUACGUAAUGAAUUCUUGACUGAAGAAUUUAUCAAUAACUUUUUAUCUAUUGCUCAAAAACUCAUUAACUGUGAAGAUGCUCAAGUCUUCAAGGCUAUUGGUAGUUUUUUAGCUUCAUACACACAUCAAUUACCAUUCCAAUGUGAGUCUAUAUCAAUGAAAAUAUAUGAAAUUGCUCAUGAAUUUCUCCAACAAUCAUUUGGUGAUGUAAUGGCAAUCAUGUUGAUUGUAAUGAAACACACAUCAGAAUCAUUUCAAUCAAUCAUAAAGACAGCGUUAGAUAAUGGAAUUAUGCAUCAAUUAGUUAGUAUAAUUUUGUAUGACUCAGAUAAAUGUAAAGAGCGUGUGCUAAAAAUGGUGCUAGUGUGGUGCAAGAAAUGUAAUUCAUUGUGGCUGUCAAUGAAUUCUUUUGUACUGUCAAUAUUCAACUAUUUACAAGAAGCUUCAAAUGAUAUUCUUGUUGAAUUGAUAUAUUUCCUCAACAAGUUAUUCUUAUUUGAACAAUAUUUACCAUCGUAUUUAAAGUUACUUAAAGAAAACGCUGAUGCACUUCAAUUUCUUGUUACUUGUAUUCGCUCAAAAUAUCUGAAAAUCAAAGAACUUUCUUUGGAACUCUUUCAUCAAAUAUGUUUGUUAAAUGAUUGUCAGUUGAUUGAACUUGCAAUUGACAACGGAAUGGUAGAGAACGUAGUUGAGAGUUUAACAAAUGAAUGGAUUGAGAAUGAUGAAAGAAUGGUAAGUGAUGGAUUAGAGUGCAUUUUGAGUAGUUUUAAGGUUUGA